UUGCCGGAUUGAGAUCCAACCACAGUACCACUACUUCGAUACUAAAAGGAAGUGUUCGAGAGGGAGAGAAAUGGCAAGGUGGUUUAUCAUGUUAGUCCUUGUUUUGGCAGUUGUACGUUCUAGUUCAGCUGCUAGAAAUUUGCCUAAUGACAGUGGUCUGAAUGACCAAAAGAACUUCGUUGCCUUUGGAGGCGUGGGCGGCUUGGCUGGUGCUGGUGGAACUGGCGCUUUUGCUGGUAUUGGGGGUGGAGUUGGUGCAAUUGGAGGUGUCACUAGUGGACUUGGUGGUGCAGGUGGGUUAGGAGGUCUUGGUGGCGGCAUUGGAGGGAUCGGUGGUGGAGUCGGUGGAGGGGCAGGAGGAGGCACCACCGGGGGCAUUGGUGGUGGAAGUGGUGGUGGGUUAGGAGGUCUUGGCGAUGGCAUUGGAGGCAUCGGCUCCACCGGGGGCCUGGGUGGUGGAAGUGGCAUUGGCGGAGUCGGUGGUCUUGGUGGUGGUAGUGGUUUAGGUGGACUUGGAGGCUUGGGUGGACCUAUUGGGCUAGGUGGAGCUGGUGGAGUAGGUGGCCUUGGUAGCUUAGGUGGCGGAGUUGGUGGUGGUGCAGGUGCUGGUGGAGGUGUUGGUGGUGGUAGCGGAGUUCUUCCUUUCCCUUGAAACGGUUGAGCUUUAGCCUUUAGGUUCAAUUAUCAAUGCUUUUAAGGUUUCUUGUUCUAGUAUUUGGCAGUUAAGAGUUAGUUGUGUCCUUGUUUAUGUUUCCCUGCUUCAGUGGAUAAUAUGUGGCCGUAAAUAAUUCCAUUGGGUGUUCUAUCUCA